AUGGCUAUGUCGUUGCGCACCACCAUCGACUACAACAAGCUCAUCACACUGCAACAGAGAAGCCAAAACUGGCAGAACGCCCUUCAUUUGCUGGAAAGGAUCUGUGCUGUUCGGCUACAGCCCACUCUUGUAAGUUUCAACGCCAGCAUCAGCUGCUGCGAGAAGGCAUCCAGAUGGCAAGUUGCCGGGCUCCUUCUGCACAACGUCGGCUUGCUACGGCUGACUCCGAAUGUCAUCACUUACAGUGCGGCCAUCAGUGCGUGCGAAAAGGCAGCAGAAUGGCAGCAGGCCUUGAUGCUGUUUGAGGAGCUAUGCCAUGAAUCGCUCCAGCCAAAUGUGGUGACCCUAGGUGCCCUGGUGAGUUCCUGUGAAUCUUGCAGCGCAUGGAGGCAAGGUUUGCGCAUCUUCAGGGACCUCCAGGCGUGCCUGGUUCAACCGAAUGCUAUAGUAUACAAUGCUAGCAUAAGCGCAUGUGCUAAAGCGGACCGGACAGAAGCUCUAUCCCUGCUGGCAGAGUUGGAGUAUCAUGGUGCAAGCAACGUGGUCUCCUACAGUGCAGCCAUGCCAGCCUGUAGUUGGCAGCAGGCCAUUGAUUUGCUCCGGCGCAUGGAUGAGAGGCACAUCAAGGGGAAUUUGAUUCUGUACAGUGCUACCAUCAGCGCAUGUGCCCGACAAGGUCGCUGGCGAGAGUCGCUGGCGCUCAUGACAGAGGCGUUGGCCCAUCAUCUUCAACUUGACAUGGUGACGGAGGCCGCCACCAUCAGCGCUUGCAAGAUGCAUGGAGAAUGGCCUCAAGCCUUGCAUUUGGUGGACGGGAUGCAGCUGAAGGCCUUCCCUCCCUAUGUCAUCGCUGUGAACUCGGCGAUCAGCUGCUGCGACAAAGUCUCCGAGUGGCAACAAACGCUGCAACUGCUGGAGGGGAUAGCUGCACAGCCGCAGAUGAUCACCUACAACUCUGCCAUCAGCAGCUGUCAGAAAGCCAUGCUUUGGCCACCUGUUCUGCAACUUCUGAGCUGCGCGCUGAAGGCACUCUUGCAGCCGACCGUGGUCACCUACAAUGCGUGCAUGAGUGCUUGUCGAGGUCGAAGAGGGGAUCAGGUGGCACAGUGGCCAAUGGCUAUGCAAUUGGCAAUUGGGAUGGCCCGGAGCUUUCAGCCGAGCUUAGUGAGCUUGGACGCCCUGACCUGUGCUGAAGCGGAUUCCUGGCAGUGGCAAAAAGCUAUGCAGGUCUUUCCUGAGAGUCGUGCAGCCGGUUGCUCUUUGCAUCCCAGGGUGGCCAGCUGUAGCGCCCUGAUCAGCGCGUGCGAAAAGGCACGGCAGUGGCGCGAGGUCUUCGUGAUCAUGGCUUCAGCUAAGAGGUCAGGGGUGCAGCCCGAUUUCGUCAUGUACAACUCAGUGAUGAAUAUUUGUGAGGACAUGUUCCUCUUCCACAAAGCCCUGGAAACGCUGAGGCUUUUGGAGAAACCCAAGCGAGUAGAGCUCGAAAAUUAAGCAUCAAAGAUCUGGAAAACCCAUCAUCUAUGGAUCAUUUCCUAGGGAUUCCCC